AUGAAUCCAAGCGACUUAGAAAUAAAAAAUAGAAGUAAUAAUACAGCCAUUUGCUACGCUGCUACAUCCGGAAUCGUGGCAAUUGCAGAGGAGAUGGUGAAUAAGAACAAUGAACUGCCGCAAAUUUGUGUUAGUAACGAAUCAGUCACGCCUCUUUACAUGGCAGCUUUGCACGGACGUAGAAACAUGGUGUCUUAUCUAUACUCUGUCACUCCUUUUGAAGAUUUGACUCCUCCUGAACGCAUUGAUAUCCUUGUUGUCUGUAUUUCCACUGAUUUGUACGAUAUAGCAUUGAAAAUUCUGAAAAGAGAUCCAGAAUUAAUAACAACGAAGAAUGCAUAUGGGAAGAUAGCAUUGCAAGAGCUAGCCAAAAAACCUGAUGCAAUCGGCAGCAAAAGUGAGCUAUCCAUCUGGUGA